AUGGUUACCCACCAUCUGGAUAUCCAUCAUACAAUCAAAGUGCUUACCCAUCGAUGGGUGGCUAUCCUGGUGCUAGUUUAUAGGCUACUCAACAUCAUGGUCAUGGAUGCGACACUUGUUGGCGGAUCGACAGCAGCCGCUGCCGCUGCCUAUGGUGUACAUCACUUAACCCAUGGGCAUCACCCUCAUGGUCACCAUUUAGGGCAUUUUGGCAAGUUUAAGCAUCAUCAUCAUGGAUACUAUGGCAAGUUCAAGCAUGGAAAAUUUGGGAAGCACAUUGGGCUUGGAGGAAAACAUGGCCUUCUACGGUGGAAGCAUCACCAUCAUGGGUUCUUUGGAGGAAAAUACAAGAGGUGGAAGUAG